GCAGCUGUUUUACGAAUAGAUUUUACAACACGCAAUCAUCGCAUUUUUGUGUGUGCGGCAUUUUUCACAAUAUUGUGUUUUUGUAAAAAUAAAUAAUAAAACCUCAAAAUGAAUGCGCCACCAACAUUCGAAUCGUUUCUGCUGUAUGAAGGCGAAAAGAAAAUCAUCAAAGAGCUGGACACAAAAGUGACAAAUGCGGCAAUAUUCACCAUCAACAAGGAAGAUCACACGCUGGGCAACAUGAUUCGCAACCAAUUGUUGAAGGAUCCCAAUGUGCUGUUUGCCGGCUACAAAGUUCCACAUCCGCUGGAGCACAAGUUCGUCAUCCGCAUCCAGACGACAGCAGAUUAUUCACCUCAGGAGGCAUUCAUGAAUGCCAUUACCGAUCUGCUGGCCGAGCUCUCGCUCUUCGAGGAGCGCUUUAAAGAUGCCAUUAAGGAGAAAAAGGAGGGUGGUGAUUAAAUUUAGUUACUCAUAUUUCUUUUUACAUGAAAUUUACGAAAACAAUAGCAUUAAUUUCACUAUUCAUAUAAAUAAAUAAAAAACAAUUUAAAAAAAG